UGCACGACAAAUACCCUUCGACUCCGCAACACAGACCCGGCCGCUCUCCUUCUCUACUCCGCAUUCCCCAGACUCGUUUUCCUGUCUUCCCCUCCGAGCCUCCAGCCUCAUACCCAGAAGUCCAUCGUCGACACAUCCGCAGCCAUGGCCUCUCCUCAGAAGAUCCGCACGAAGCUCACCGACCUGCUGAAGAUCCAGCACCCCGUGCUGCUCGCUGGCAUGAACGUAGCCGCAGGCCCUAAGCUCGCUGCCGCCGUAACCAACGCCGGAGGCCUGGGCGUGCUCGGCGGCAUUGGCUAUACGCCGGACAUGCUCCGCGAGCAGAUCGCCGAGCUCAAGAGCUACCUCAACGACAAGAGCGCGCCCUUUGGCGUUGACCUGCUUCUCCCCCAGGUCGGCGGCAGCGCGCGCAAGACCAACUACGACUACACCAAGGGCAAGCUGAACGAGCUCAUCGACAUAAUCAUCGACAGCGGCGCGAAGCUCUUCGUCUGUGCUGUCGGCGUCCCCCCCAAGGCCGUCGUCGAGAAGCUCCACAAGCACGGCAUCCUCUACAUGAACAUGAUUGGCCACCCCAAGCACGUACAGAAGUGCCUCGACCUCGGCGUCGACAUCAUCUGCGCGCAGGGCGGCGAGGGUGGCGGCCACACGGGCGACGUCCCGACCUCCGUCUUCAUCCCCGCCGUCGUUGACAUGGUCAAGGGUCACAAGUCGCCCAUGUCGGGCGCCGAAGUCAUGGUCGUCGCUGCCGGCGGUCUGUUCAACGGCAAGUCGCUAGCUGCUAUGCUCACAUUCGGCGCGAGUGGCGUGUGGGUUGGCACGCGGUUCAUCCUCUCCGAAGAGGCUGGCGCACCCAAGGCCCACCAGGAGGCUGUCCGCACAUCCGGCUUCGACGACAAUAUCCGUACCAUCAUCUUCACCGGCCGACCGCUGCGCGUGCGCACCAACUCGUACAUCCAGAAUUGGGAAGAGAACAGGCAGGCUGAGAUCAAGGAGCUGACCAGCAAGGGUGUCAUCCCCGUAGAGCACGACCUGGAGAAGCUCGGCGACGAUUUGGACGAUGAUACCAUGGACAACGCGCGGCCGUUCCUGAUGGGCAAGGUUGCUGCCGUUGUCAACGAGAAGAAGAGCGCGCGUGAGAUCGUUGACGAGUUUGUAAACGACGCCGUCAAAUGGCUGGCACAGGCAAACUCAUUGGUGGUUUCGAAGGCGAAAUUGUAGAUGUCAACAUUCGAUUUUUGCCUAUAUGUAUUGCUGUAAACCAUGUCAAGCGACUUGUUGAUGCACUGCUUGGUUCUUCUAUUGCUGUUCAUGUUUUUGUAACCCAUUCAUACAACGAUGACUGACACUGGAAACCGAUACACAUUUAAAAGACUGUAGUACUCGUGUCACGGGAGAGCUUAGCUGCG